AUGACGGUGCAAACAGUUCAACUGAGGCUUCUCAACGUGCUUGAAAUGAUGGGAUGGCAUGGCAUGUACCUUCUGUUUCUGAUAGUCGCAUUCAAGCUUUUCCUUCCGGAGCAAGAUGAUUUUUUGUGUCCCUGCACUUGGUUUGUGGCUUAUGGCGCGAUCAUGUUGCUUCUUCCUUCUCUUACAUCCUACACGAUCGCGGUGUUUGCUUACUUUCGACAAGAAGAUGACAGCGGUCCUUGGGAAGUUUUGAAAUCACUUUAUGUAUUUAAAUUCGCCUGCAAUUUUCACAACAACCGAAGCGAGUGGGAUUUUCACGUCAAGCGUUGUAUUCGUUGCAAGCUGGUGGAACGCGACUGGCCUCUGGUAAAGAUUGCUGUAUCAGCAAUUCUGUCUUUAUUAUAUCCAUUAGCCUGGCUUUCCCUAAGUUUUCUCCAAUCAUCUUACUACGUAUGCACUCAAGUUGGGCCAACGAAUGAAACUUUGCAAAAUUACUGCAAGGUGGAGUCUACGAACAUGACGAAGACAAAUUAUACAAAGGCUUACGGUUUAGCGGUUAUUCGUUCUAAGGCCUUGGGAAGUAUUCUUUUUACCAGUACGCUCUUCUUGCUGGGAGUAUUUGCGAUAAUAUACGGGGAAAUGAAAAGUUACUUAAUCAAAAGGUAUGACUGGACCCCAAGAGGAAGUCGCCUUGCAAAAAAACAAGUUAAUGUGCGUAUUAUACCGAGUUAUUCUCCUGGCACUUUAAGAGCAGCAAAGUCUGAAAUAUCUAGGGAUAUAACUGUCGCAAGAAAGGACGAAACUGCUGGCAUUGAGAGACAGGUAGGUUUAUCCAGGGGCAUGCCCAAAGGACGAGGGAGCUCUGGGGACUCCAGGAGCCUCCCCCACCCUUCCCGGCGCAUGCCCUCUUUUCCAACUGUUAUAAUAUUUUGGGUUUAUCAUGGACUACAACUUUAUUUACUCGUUUAAACGACGCGGAUGGAAGCAAAUUAUCAAUAAACACCUCAACCAAUCAGAAGAAUGCGGUUUUUUUCGAGGAUAGUAUUAAGAGAAACAAAUAAAAAAUAAAUAAAUAAAUAAAUAAAUAAAUAAAAAACAAGUACAGUACAACUCGUGGUGAACUUGGUAAUCUACGCAAUCCAGACGAUAGAGUUUAUCUCAGCAAAAAAGCGAGGUAUUGGAACUUAAUGUUAUUUGCAGAUGCUUUAGCGUAGGGGUUGUCUGUGAUUUACGAAAUUUGAUUUUGAAAUGAAUCUAACCCUUGUACAAACGCCGCGGCGUUUAACUGAGUAAAUACGGGAAGUCUGAUAGGCGAGAGUCUACUGAAAUCAAAUACUUUUCAAUGACCUUAAAAGGAUUCAAGGACUUUUUAAGACGGCUACUAAAAUUCAAGACCUUUUCAAGAUUAUACAACCAUGGAUGAACAUUCACUAAAAAUUCUAUUUUUCUCGCUAGUUAGUAAUCUCAUGCGAUGUACAGCGUUUAAUCCGGUCAUGAUAAGUUCGACUGAUGCAACUAAACAAUCUGUUAAUGUGGGCCUUUAAUACAUUAUCUUACUAAGUUGAAAUCUUUUGAGAUUAUUUCCACAUUGGAGUGCUGUUUGAGUGCUGCUCAGUUAUGAGCGUUGUUGAUAUUUGAACUUUGUAUUACGUCAUACGAUUUCAAAUUGUUUUCUUUUUCUUUCAUGUCUAAUUUUAGUUUCAGUUUCCUUUUCAACUGCAAGCAGGAAAUGCGAGCAAAGUUAUCAAAAUAAAUGUAAACAGUACAUUUACUGAAACCCUACAGAGAUAUGUCAAUAGUGGUGGCAUUUGGGAACGGAUUGAAGUCCAUUGCUGUCAACAGGAAGAAGUAACAAACUGUCGAGGAUCUUUAAGUUCAUUCAGUUUACCAUCUCGUGCAAGCCGGACAGCUGGACCAAAAGGUUAUCAAUCGUUUGACCAACUGAUUAAAUGA